AUGGUUCGAAGUCAAGAUCCCACUGCUCUUUUCUUAGCCGAGACUUGGGCUGGAGAAGAGCGUUUGAAGCGGCUAUGUCGGGAACUUCUAUUUGAUCAUUUUUGGAUUGUUCCUCAGGUGAAUAAAACCGGUUGUCUAGCUCUAUUUUGGAAAAAAUCGGUCCACAUUGAGGUAAUUUCUUCCACCCCCAAUCAUAUUGAUACUAUUGUUGGUAGUAGUCCAGAAACUCAAUGGCGUUUUACUGGUAUUUAUGGGUUUGCGGAAGCAGCAAGAAAACCAGAAACUUGGUCCUUGAUCAGGUCCUUACAUCUUACUGUUUCCCUUCCCUGGCUAUGCGCAGGGGAUUUCAAUGAAAUUCUGUGGUCACAUGAGAAAUUGGGUAUCGGUCCAAGACAUGAGGGCUGUAUGAAGGCUUUCCGCGAUACCCUUGACGAAUGUGGGCUUAAGGACCUUAGAUAUCAGGGAGAUAAAUUCACCUGGAAGGGUAGAAGGCAGGGCGGUAUGGUGUUUGAAAGGCUUGACAGGGCAGUAGCCAACAACCAAUGGUACUUCCUCAACCCGGGCACGGCAAUUCACCAUCUUAAUACCCACUCCUCAGAUCAUAAACCAAUUAUUAUCUACCCAGAAGGUAUAAUCCCGAAGCUGAAUAGGCCCUUCAAAUUCGAAAAGAUGUGGCUAAGUGAAGGGGGAUGUAGCCGGACUGUGAAGGACGCAUGGGGCCUCUCCUCUCCAGAUGCUUCAAUGACCAUGGUUGCAGGUAAAUUAAAAAACUGUGGUGAUAAAUUACUCUCAUGGAGUCACCUUUCUUUCGGUAACAUUAAGAGAUCAAUUGAGUUGAAUUCGAAGAAACUUAACAGAGCCGAAUUAGAUGCUGCAGUAGGGAGGGGUGAUGCAAAUUUAAUUUGGUCUUUGAAAGCUGAGCUUAAUGACUUGCUGGACAAAGAAAGUCAAAUGUGGCACCAACGGUCAAGAAUUCUGUUUUUGAAAGAGGGAGACCGUAAUACUAGAUACUUCCACAGUAAAGCCUCCCAGAGAUUUCGUAGAAACAGGAUUUUGGGUUUAAGAAAUGAGGAAAAUGCCUGGUGUUCGGAGGACUCCCAAAUUAAGGAGAUUGCAACCCAAUACUACCAUACUCUGUUCUCCUCUUCACAACCCACAGAAUUCGAUAAUAUUCUGGAAGCCGUCCAACCAUCAGUUACACAGGAGAUGAAUGACCAACUCCUUCGACCCUUCUCUCGGGACGAAAUUGAGGCGGCCAUGAAUCAGAUGAACCUGCCACUGCCCCUGGCCCUGACGGUAUGCUCUACAGUCCUAGAAUGUUUAAAUAAUUGCAAAAUUCCUGCUGUGAUUAAUCAUACAAAUAUUACAUUGAUUCCAAAAGUGAAAUCUCCAGAAAACAUUACUGAAUUCAGGCCAAUCAGCCUUUGUAAUGUAGUCUAUAAACUAGCUUCCAAAGUCCUAGCUAAUAGACUUAAGGUGAUCUUACCUGCUGUAGUUUCAGAAAAUCAAAGCGCUUUCCAGGCUGGGAGAGUCAUCACAGAUAACGUACUCAUGGCCUUUGAAACCCUUCACUAUAUGAAAAACCACCAGUCCGACAAGACGGGCUUCAUGGCUUUGAAGUUGGAUAUGAGUAAGGCCUACGACCGUGUUGAAUGGCUUUACCUUGAGAAGAUCAUGAGAAAGAUGGGCUUUGCUGAGAAUUGGGUAGCUUUAAUGAUGGAAUGCGUUACUACGGUGAGCUACUCCAUUCUUAUUAAUGGAGAACCUUCAUCCGUGAUUCGACCAUUGAGAGGCAUCAGACAAGGGGACCCUCUCUCCCCAUAUUUGUUUCUACUGUGCACAGAAGGAAAAAACAAGAAGGCAAGUUUCAGGUACAUUAAGGAAAGGGUUUGGGCGAAGCUUCAAGGUUGGAAAGAGCAGCUCCUCUCUCAAGCUGGCUGGGAAGUGCUUCUCAAGGCAGUCAUCCAAGCAAUACCGACCUAUGCCAUGAGUUGUUUCAAGCUACCAAUCACCCUUUGCAAUGAAAUUGAAUCCCUGAUUAAGAAAUUUUGGUGGGGGCAGCGUGGUGAGCAGAGGAAAAUCCACUGGGCCAAGUGGAGCUCGCUUUGUAAACCAAAGAGUUUAGGCGGCAUGGGUUUUAGGGAUCUUCAAAAGUUUAAUGACGCGAUGCUAGCGAAACAAGUGUGGCGCCUGCUAGCAUGCGAGGACUCCCUUUUCUAUAGAUUUUUCAAAGCCAAAUUCUUCCCUACGGGUAGCAUUCUUGAGGCAAAAGAAGGGAAGGGUCCUUUGCUUGGAAAAGCAUCCUCAAGGGCAAAGGGAUUAUCCAACAAGGAGUUAAUUGACACAAACUUCCUUCCCUACGAAGCAGCCAUAAUCAAGGCCAUUCCUCUCAGCUUUGGCAAUUGCGAAGAUGUAAGGUUCUGGCCGCUAAACAGGGAUGGUAUUUACUCUGUUAAGUCCGGUUAUCAUUUGCUGGUAAAUAUGGAACUUGAUGAGCUCCCCAGGGCCUCAGACCCCUCCAGUGCUAGGCGGCUGUGGAAAGGAGUUUGGAAUUUAAAAGUUCCGAACAGAGUAAAGAACUUAAUGUGGAGAUCGGGGUUUGACUCACUACCAUCGAAGUCUAACCUCAGGAAAAGGAAAAUUCCAAUCGAUGCUACUUGCUCUUCCUGUGGCCUGGAAUUGGAAUCUACGCUCCAUGCAAUCUGGUCAUGCUCUUCACUAGUGCAGGUUUGGAAUGUUCACUUUAGUUGGCUUACUAAAGAAGCGGGUAAGGCUUCUAGCUUUCUUGAUGUUCUGCAAGUGGGAUUUGAUAGGAGUCACCAUAUGGAUUUAUUUGCCAUGAUUGUUUCUCAGAUUUGGACUCGGCGCAACAAGCUCCGUGUGGGUGAUGCAGUCGCUCCGCUAGCUAUGCUCAACCAGCUGGCGUCUGCCAGCCUUCUAGAAUUCCAACAAUCCUCCCUUAACCAUCCAAAAUCUCCCUCCCAUCCAAAGGUCACUAAAUGGUUGCCUCCUCCCCCGAACUGGGUUAAAGUUAACUUCGACGGAGCAACAUUCGGCGACUCUAGCUCUGCUGGUUUGGGAGCAAUAAUUCGCAAUGACAUGGGUCUAGUUAUGGCUGCUUUUACACAACACAUUCCACUGCCUACAUCCGUAGAGAUGGUGGAAGUAUUGGCAGCUCGGGGUGCCCUCUGCUUUGCAAAGGAUCUCGGCUUCAACAAGGUAGUUGUGGAAGGUGACUCUGAGAUUAUCAUUAAAGCCCUUAGCAGUAAUGGUCUCUCUGCUUCCAGCUUUGGUCACAUUUUGCAGGAUAUCAAGUCGGUGUCCUCAUCGCUUGGAGGUGUUCUCUUUAAUCAUACUCGUAGACAAGGCAAUAGAGUUGCCCACGGGCUUGCUAGAAUGGCAUGUAACUUUGUAAAUUUCCAAUCCUGGAUGGAGGAUGUUCCUCCAGGAGUGAUAGACGUGUAUGUUUCUGAAGUUAUAAAAUGA